AAAUAAACAAAAAAUAUUAAUAAUAAUUUCUACCUCCGCCAUUGAACCUCUGAUUAUCGACUUCGGUCAGAUCCCAAAUCCGUCCCCUCGCCACCGCCGCUGCCGCUAUGUGGAGAAACUCCCGGAGUUUCUCAUCCAAACUCCGGUCAUCAUCUUCCUCUUCCAAUCCUUCAACCACAACCUCCAUUUUCACUUUCUAUCAUCCCAUUGGCGUCGCUCAGCCGUGUCUGCGCGCCCUCUAUCCUUAUACAUCAUCAUUAUUUUCCUCUCUAUCUCUGUCGGCGUCCUCCUCGGAUCCCAUCAGACUAGGUUUUUCGAAUUCCCAUGGAGUUCGGGGCUUUUCGAGCGUUGCUGAUCCAUCAUCUUUGGCUUCCUCAUCGGUGGUUUCCAGAGCCAGGGAGGCCGUGAAUUUAUCUCGCCACUAUGGUCGCUGUUACUGGGAGCUCUCCAAAGCUCGUCUUAGCAUGCUAGUUGUUGCAACUUCUGGGACUGGGUUUGUUCUCGGGAGUGGAAGUACUGUGGACCUUGGGGGACUUUGUUGGACUUGUGCUGGUACAAUGAUGGUUGCAGCAUCUGCAAACUCCUUAAAUCAGGUUUUUGAAAUAAAGAAUGAUGCUAAAAUGAAGAGAACGCACCGCAGACCACUACCCUCAGGGCGCAUCACAAUACCACAUGCAGCAACCUGGGCAACUUCUGUUGGUUUAAUUGGCACUGCUAUGUUAGCUACCAAGGCUAAUAUCUUGGCAGCUGGUCUUGCGGCUUCAAAUUUGAUUCUCUAUGCAUUUGUAUAUACCCCACUUAAGCAGAUUCACCCUGUAAAUACAUGGGUCGGGGCCAUAGUUGGUGCUAUUCCACCACUUCUUGGGUGGGCUGCUGCUUCAGGACAAAUAUCUCUAAAUGCAAUGAUUCUGCCGGCUGCCCUUUACUUUUGGCAAAUACCGCAUUUUAUGGCUCUGGCAUAUCUUUGCCGUGAUGAUUAUGCUGCUGGAGGGUAUAAAAUGUACUCUCUUGCUGAUGCUACUGGUCAGAGAACUGCUGCAGUGGCUUUAAGAAACUGUCUGUAUCUCAUUCCUCUAGGCUACUUGGCUUAUGAUUGGGGCAUUACUUCUGGAUGGUUUUGUUUAGAAUCAUCCAUCCUCACGCUCGCAAUCACUGCGACCGCGUUUUCAUUCUACCGCCACUGCACGAUGCAGAAAGCAAGAAGGAUGUUUCAUGCUAGCCUCUUGCAUCUUCCUGUGUUCAUGUCAGGACUUCUAUUCCACCGUCUUUCCGAUAACAAGCAGACGAUGAAAGAAGAUAGCUCCAAGAGGAUGUUGGAUGAUCUAGUACAGGACGAUAGAUAUAAUGCCGAAAAGAUCAAGACGGAGCAUAGCCGAGGUGUUGCCCAAGGUCGACGACCGCCUGUUGCGUAUGCUUCGGUUGCACCCUUCCCUUUCUUGCCUGUUCCAGUAUAUGCUGACUCUUGAUGAACUUAGUUUGUCGUUGUAAACACCUUCCCUUUUGAAUGAAAUAAUGAGGAAGGAUCUCUCAUUAUAUAUAUAUAUAUAUAUAAUCAGUUAUUGCUCGUUUUGUAUGGUGAUAGAAUUACCCAGAGGCAUUCUACUGUGACAGUUUUGGAA